AUGGAAUAUGCACUCGCCUACCACGAACCAUACAUCACGACCAUCGUGACCCUUUGCAGUUUCUUGCUUCUCCUUAACAUAAUCAAUUAUGCGCUGGACCGUAUCGUUUACUGCGGCCUCAUUGGCCAGGUUCUUCUCGGUAUCGCCUGGGGCACGCCUGGAUUCCAAUGGCUAGAGAGAGACCUCGAGAAUGCUGCUAUGCAGCUUGGCUACAUUGGGCUCUUGUUGAUUGUCUACGAAGGUGGGGAAUAUGUCGUUCUGCCGCUUACCUUGCAGGUCAAUCUGGCAAGAGAAAGAUACCGAGGUGGUCGCUUGGACCGCCUCUCUAUUUCCCUAAAGACAGCAUUUGUUCUCCACACGACGAUCCUUCUUGCAUUAGUCGUCGGAGGAACUUAUGCUGGUACGUCCGGGCUCUUUGCUGCCUACAUCGCCGGAGCAUCAAUCAGCUGGUGGGAUUCUGAAGUUCCCCACCCGGCUGCUCGUCAAACAUCUCGUCCGUCUAUUGUCAGCCAAGGUAGGGUUACUGCGAAUGAGAACCAACCACGAAGUGAUGCCGAAGGUGCUUCUGCCGAUCGAGCUCAAAGUUCGUCCUCGCCUUCAGGAAUGAUUGUCUAUCAAAGGUUCUUCGAGAAGACUGUCAAUCAGAUCCUGAAACCGUUAUUCUUCAGGAACACAAAGCUCAGCCCUGUAGCUCUCUGUGAGGGAACACCUCUGGCUCGGAAGGCAGAGGCGGCAUCCUGUCCCCCGCAGGAUCGUACUGAGGAUGUGCCCUUGGAGUCAAUGAAUCCAGCAUCGCAGCCUGUUCCCUCGCUUCCGCAUAACGCCAGCCCGGAUCCGAAGAUGCCUGUGUCAUUGUAUCCUGCUUGCAUCAUGGCUUUCGCUAUGGUGGCGAGGGGUGAGAUUGGCUUCUUGAUCUCGGCACUAGCAGAGAGCAACGGUGUGCUUGGGCGACAGCCUCAUGAAGGGCAACCGUCAGAACUGUUCUUGGUCAUCACAUGGGCUAUCGUACUCUGCACAAUCGGUGGCCCUGUCUGCGUGGGGCUUCUGGUGAAGAGGGUGAACAAGCUGGAAGGUCAAAAGGUCUCUACAGAAGGGGCAAGCGUCCUGGGAGCCUGGGGUGUCGAUAAGAUCUAA